AUGCCAGGACAAUACACUAUUGCAGGGUCUUCUAGGUCAUCCUGGGUCUCGGAUGCUGGAGGUCCUGGAGAAGCCAUAGAAAUGGCGAAGCGACCACAACAUACUGCGACGCGUGACACCGUCGACGAAAUGGAAUCGGCAGCUGAUGCUUCUCUGAUACAGAAGGCCCGAGUAAACACUAUAUCACGAUACUUUCUUUCCACAUGGAUCCGACUGCAGCCGAUUGCUGGCAUUAUCGCUCUUUGCAUAACCAUCGGUAGCAUGUUCAUCUCCCUGAUGAUACUCGUAAUAUCCAAUGGCCAGACUACCUCAAGCUGGAAGAUUCAACCCACUGUAUAUCUGGCCAUCGCAGCGGCGCUGGCGAUUAUCGCCUUGAAUUUUGCAUAUGCCCGAGCAGUACCUGUGGCUUGGUGGUAUCGAGCAUCCCAAGGCACUACUGUUCGCGAACUCGAAGAGCAAUGGCAAAGCAGCUUCAGCGUGAUGCGUGCAGCCUUCCACGGCCGCAGGAAAAUGAGCACGAUUAUAGCGGCAUCUAUUUGCGUGCCGUUAAUGUUCAUUGAUGGCGCGCUGCUACAACGUGCAUCCAGCGUCCAUAGUGCUGCACACAGUGGACUGAUGACGAUGAACAUCACCCUUCCACCGGAACUUCCGAAAGGCUUCUCGGGCAUCAUCGCUGACGGUACAUUCGUGCCAGGGCUUGGGGCUCAGUACGCGACGUAUACGUGGCUUACUGGCCAGACUGUCAUUCCAAGCUUAUCAAGGCAAGACUCUUUAGCAAGUUCUAAAGGAAGUUGGAAUGGCAACAUCGCCGGUCCAGGUGUUGCGAGGAGCAAUUGCACAAGCGAUACAUGGCAAAUCAGCAAGAACACUUGGCAUGAUGCCAACGCUACCUGGGGCUACGAUCUCGCAACCCGAAGACUUCUACGGCACACAACCGGUCUUUGUACUCUCGAUAACGUCCAAGAUCCCUACGGAUGA